AUGGCCGACCUUCCUCCGCCGAGCACAGUAGCGAGCCGGUUCGUAUCAGAGAGCGACCUUUCGGCUGCAGCCGAGAAGCGCAAGGCAGAAUGGAAGGCUGCCUAUGAGCGCUUGGGCCAAGCCCCGCCAGAGCAGCCCGAGAACCAAGCGUAUGAUCCUCGGUCACUGUAUGAGAAGCUACAAGAGCAGAAAGACAGGAAACAAGAAGAAUUUGUGGCCAAGACGUCGAUCUCGGCACAAUUCCGUGGCGUGGACGAGGAAGAGGCAGGGUUCUUGCAAGAGCUCGACAUGGAGAAGCUCCAGCGCGAGCGGCAGAAGAAGGAAGAGAUCGAGGCCGAACUCAAAGCGUUCAGAGAAGCACAGACGAGCACGCCGCUGGCGAGCUCACCACCGGCCCCGGCGAGUACAGCGAGACAGUCUCUUGCUGCUGCUGCUCCUCCUCCUCCUCUGAAGCUACCCAAGAAGAAGGAAUCCAAACAGUCCAAAUUCCUGGCAGGUGCUAUCAAGCGAAAGAGUCUAGCUGAUGGCAUGCAUUCACCCUUGUCGUUGUACUCUCUUGCAUCAUCAUGUUGUCGUCACGGAACGUCAAUCUACAUGAAUCUAUCGCAUGCUCCCUUCAGCGUAUGCUCAAUCGUCUAA